UCCUUCCCUCGGACCUCUGCGGAGUUCAGACGCGUUUUUGGUUAACUUAAUUUGCGCUUUUUAAAUUUUUAAAUACAAUAUUAAUCAUAGAAAAUAAAGUGACUAAAAUAGGAGUGCAUAAACGAAAGGAGCUCUGAUUCUGUGCCCCCACCAGCUACGACAGUCUUCCGUUGCCGCCGCCCAUCAUCGGCAGUUGCUCCGCAAUUUUAAGGCGUGGCGACGAUUCAGCAGUGCCCCCCAAUCCUGCGUUUUGUGUCUCACUUUGCCGCACACUGGACUGGUGCGUACUGUGAGAGAGAGGUUCGUUGUUUGUUGCUUGCUGUGCUCCUAGUACCCCGAGUGGUGGCUGAUAUUGCUGUUUCACCUGCGGUGAUUUCGCCGGUUUCUGGUUGCCUGGUACUUAGUACGCAGUACGGAGCUGCGUUACUUGACUAUAGUGCCAUUAGGCUCUCCUGAUUGCGGAUAUUCCUGGAUUAUUUAAAAUCCGAACAAAAACAAUGCCACUAAAGAGGACUCCUCCGCCCACUGCUGCUUCCCCGACUAGAAGUGAAUCCGAACCUGAUCUAGCCGGAAAUCGUUCCUCUCAGGAGCAACAUGCGACUGUUCACAGUAGGCAGAAGCGUGUGAGGGAGGAGGUGUCACUGAUUGAAUUCAUGGACGAUAUCAGGAGUACUUUGAAUAAGUUUAGAGAGGAUCAGGAUCGAAAGCUUGAUAUUCUGCAGAAAUCCAUUGCAGAAAUGAAGCAGCGACAGGAAGAAAAGUUGGACUCGCUACAGGGUAUAAUAGCAGAAAUCAGGGGGCAAAACGAUAAUAUACAGUCCUCAAUUGAGUUCUUAUCUGAACAAAAUAUAGAACUCAAACAAAGAGUAAGUAGGAUAGAAGCGGAGAAUGGUGAUAAUAUUGCUUACAUUCGCACCUUGGAGGACAAAAUUGAGGCACUAGAACAAAAAUCUAGAUUUUCAUCAAUUGAAAUUAGAAACAUUCCAAUUUCUAAAGCGGAAACAAAAGCCGACCUUUUGAACAUAUUUACAAGUUUAUCUUCGGUUUUGAAUGCAGGUGCGUCGACUUCUGAUAUUCAUGACAUAUAUAGAAUAUCAACAAAAGACAAGAGUAAUAAACCCAUUGUAUGCAAAUUAAGUAGCGUAUUGAUGAAAGAAAAGAUUCUUACGUGCUAUAAGAACUUUAAUAAAACUCACAAAGAGAACAGGUUAAACACUGAGCACCUACACCUACGUUGUGAACUUCAUAAACAAAUAUAUCUAUCAGAUAAUCUUUCACCUAAGAUGAAAAGAUUACACUUUCUUGCGCGUGAUUUCGCAAGCUCCAAUAGUUACUCCUUUUGCUGGGUGGCCCAUGGGCAUAUUUAUCUACGAAAAAAAGAAGGUGACAAAACUAUCCGGAUAAAUGAAGAAUCUGACCUUAAUAAAUUAAGAGAAACAGAAUGACUAUUUGUAAUUGAUGCUGAUACAAUUUUCUCUGCGUUAUUUUUUGCAUGUAAAUUAUGGCUAUCUGUUGUGCUCAUAAAUCAAAUGCUUCAUAAUUUAAAUCAUUCAUACUAUCAUAUUUACUUGUGUACUUUGCUUUUAACAAAUAAGACACUGCAAAUAGAUAUAUCAGGUUCGCUUUUG